GGGAGCUGGGCUCUGAUUGGCCCGGCGGCCCGCCCGCACUCCCCACCGCCACAGCUCCGCGGGUAUUUCCCGGUGCCGGCGGCGGUCGCGGCGCGGAGUCGGAGCGCAGCACUGUCCCACGCGAUGACUCAGUGGUAUCAGCUACAGCAACUUGAUUCCAAGUUUUUGGAGCAAGUUCACCAGCUAUACGAUGACAGCUUUCCUAUGGAAAUCAGGCAGUACCUGGCACAGUGGCUGGAAAACCAGGAUUGGGAACAUGCAGCCAACAACGUAUCUUUUGCUACGGUGUUAUUCCAUGAUCUGCUGUCACAGCUCGAUGAUCAAUUUAGUAGAUUCUUGAUAGAAAACAACUUUUUGCUGCAACACAACAUAAGGAAAAGCAAACGUAACCUUCAGGAUAACUUCCAAGAAGACCCAAUACACAUGGCAAUGAUCAUCUACAACUGUCUGAAAGAAGAGAGGAAAAUCCUGAACAGUGCCCAGUUGUCAAGUCAGAUGGAAGUGGGGAGCAUACAGAACACUGUGAUUGGGAUGCUGGACAAACAGAAGGAGCUUGAUGCGAAAGUUAAGGCUGUAAAAAACAGUGUUGUAGACGUGGAGCAAGACAUCAAGACGUUAGAGGAUAUGCAAGAUGAAUAUGACUUUAAAUGUAAAACCUUGCAGAGUAGAGAGCACGAGUCCAAUGGUGUGUCGCAGGAGGAAUUAAAGAAAGAACAGAUGAAUCUCAAGAAGAUGUUUUUAUCACUUGACAUUAAGAGAAAGGAAGUGGUGAACAAGAUAGUACAGCUGCUGAACACCGCAGAGCACACGCAGAGUGCUCUUAUUAAUGAGGAGCUGGUGGAGUGGAAACACAGGCAACAGACUGCAUGCAUUGGUGGCCCACCCAACGCCUGUCUUGACCAGCUACAGAACUGGUUCACCGUUGUUGCUGAAAGUCUGCAGCAAGUUCGUCAGCAGCUCAAAAAGCUUGAGGAACUUGAACAGAAGUUUACCUAUGACCCUGAUCCCAUCACAAAAAAUAAACAAGUUCUGCAGGACCGAACAUACAGCCUUUUCAAACAACUCAUCCAGAGCUCCUUUGUAGUAGAGAGGCAGCCUUGCAUGCCAACACAUCCUCAGAGGCCAUUAGUCCUGAAGACAGGAGUACAGUUUACUGUAAAGCUGAGAUUGCUGGUGAAGUUGCAGGAAUUGAACUACAACUUGAAAGUGAAAGUUUUAUUUGAUAAAGAUGUAAGUGAGAAGAAUUCAGUCAAAGGGUUCAGGAAAUUUAAUAUUUUGGGUACAAACACAAAAGUAAUGAACAUGGAAGAAUCUACUAAUGGAAGUCUAGCAGCAGAAUUCAGGCACUUGCAACUGAAAGAACAGAAAAAUGCAGGAAGCAGAACAAAUGAGGGUCCUCUCAUUGUAACAGAAGAACUUCACUCUCUGAGUUUUGAGACGCAGCUGUGCCAGCCUGGCUUGGUAAUAGACCUAGAGACCACAUCGCUUCCCAUUGUUGUGAUCUCAAACGUGAGCCAGCUUCCAAGUGGAUGGGCUUCUAUCUUAUGGUUCAACAUGCUGUCUACUGAUCCCAAGAACUUGUCCUUCUUUCUGAAUCCACCUUAUGCGAAGUGGUCUAAACUUUCUGAAGUUCUGAGCUGGCAGUUUUCUUCUGUAACAAAGAGAGGACUCAAUGCAGAUCAGCUGAGCAUGCUGGGAGAGAAGCUGCUUGGGCCAACAAGUGGAGGAUCUCAUGAUGGCCUUAUUCCUUGGACAAGAUUCUGCAAGGAAAACAUAAACGAUAAAAAUUUCCCCUUUUGGCUGUGGAUUGAGGGAAUCCUGGAGCUUAUUAAGAAACACCUCCUGUGUCUCUGGAAUGAUGGCUGCAUCAUGGGUUUCAUCAGUAAAGAGAAAGAACGUGCUUUAUUGAAGGACCAGAGCCCAGGAACAUUUUUACUAAGGUUCAGCGAAAGCAGCAGAGAAGGAGCAAUCACAUUUACUUGGGUAGAAGGAUCUCAAAAUGAGCCCCAGUUCCAUUCAGUAGAACCGUACACCAAGAAGGAGCUCUCUGCUGUUACUUUCCCUGAUAUCAUUCGCAACUACAAAGUGAUGGCAGCUGAAAACAUUCCUGAAAAUCCCCUGAGGUUUCUGUACCCAAACAUACCCAAAGACAAUGCCUUUGGCAAAUACUACUCCAGGCCUAAGGAGGCACCAGAGCCUAUGGAUUUGGAUGGCCCCAAGGGAAACGGCUACAUCAAGACUGAGUUAAUCUCUGUAUCUGAAGUCCACCCUUCCAGGCUCCAGUCUCCAGAAAACCUGCUCCCCAUGUCUCCUGAAGAGUUCGAUGAGGUGUCUCGGAUGGUGGGCUCAGCAGAGAUUGAUACUGUGAUGUGUUCAGCAUAUUCGACUUAAAGGUUGGGCGUCAUUAGCACAGCUGAUUAGCUUAUGCAACCUGCUCUGCAGUCAGUGGCUUGGUGACACGCUCCACUUCAGUUCUUUGGUUUCUCAACCUGAAGGUCCAGUAGCAAUUUUUAACUAACGGGAAUAUAAGCAGCAGUCUGAGCAGCCUUCUCUCGUGUGCUUCUUUUAUUUAGAAGUUCUUUGUUAAAGAAUUUCCAGUUAGUGAGAUAUUGUGCCAGAGCGGAGGAUAGGAAUGAGAGGUCCUCAGCGAAAGUGAUGGGAGAAACACGCAUUUUUUUCUUUAAGGCAAUUAGUUAAAUUUAACGUUUAGAACAGUUGGCUGUACAUGGAAAGCUUCAAAGUAAAGCUAGUUCUUUUGCAGAGGUUCUGUUCAGAAAGCUUGCACCUUCUGCUUAACUACUUCUGAAGAACUUUCACAACUUUGACUUUUCAUCUGCAUCACAGAAAGAAGAGAAACACUGCAGGUAUAUACCGCAUGGAAUGCACGUGCUGAAGUGUGUCCUGGUUUUAUCUUUUCUAAGGGCAUGGCAUCCUGAGAGAACUUAGCCGAAAGUAGUAUCUGCGUUUCAUUUUUUCUUGUUUCUUAAGGCAAGGUCUUCUUGUGUGGGAUGUUUAGCACAACCUUUCUCAUAAAGAGCAAUUCUUAGGACACUCUUAAAGUUCCGUUGGCACAUGCUGAGCUUGGAACUCAACAUGUACAAUCGAGACUACAGCCUGUACAGACUGUGGUCAUGCUGUCCAGCAGCACACUCUUUGGGCAAAAUGAGAACCUACUCCUGAAGAGUACCAAACAGUUGGAGUAUGGUUUUACUCAUGGUGCUUAAUCUACCAAGGUGAGGAUCUGGUCACUUAUAUCUUUUACAAUAAUACAUGCCCCAUUUAGGUUAUAACAGGUGGAAAGGAACUUCAUUUUCUCAUGCAGUAGGAAUCAGGGCAUUUAUUUAACUGUUGAUUUGAAUAGCUAGAAGACCCUACAGGCUUUGAUGAUGAAGUAGUUUUGCAAUUAGGGAGAAGGCGCAGGAAAGUGAAAAAGUUGAAUUUAUACUGAGUAAUGGCUACAGGAUAUUCAGUCUUUAGUACUUAAAGGAUGAAGCUGUGCUUCCGCCAGAGGAGAACAGCUUUGUUUCUCUAUGUGUUCGAGGAUAAUUAACAACUCACAGUUAAGAGUCAAGGUCGUCUUAAGCAGCUGGUCUCUUGUCCAAGGGGCAUGUGUUAGUCCAGACUGCCAAUUAGCAUGCUGCCGAGCAAAGGGACUGCAGAACACUCACGCUGGAUCCUGCAUGUUCAGGUACAGGACCUGGGCAGCCAUCUCUAGGUGGCCCUGCUUGAGCAGGGGGGUGGGCGAGAUGACCUCCAGAGGUCCCCUCCGACCUCAACCAGUCUGAGACUCCAGGGCAUCUCAACCAAGUGCUGCCCAUGCCCAGCGCCUGGCAGGGCAGCAGGGGCCAGCGUGGCUCACAGGGAUUGCGGACCUACUUCUCUGCCACUCAGAAAUGCUAGAUCGAGCAGCUGCUGCUUAGAAAAUAAAUGACUGGUUCCGUUUAUUGUGCUGUGCCCAGGAAGACUGAUGUGCCCCCUGCAAAAGCCAGAAAGAAAGAAAAUUUAAAGGACCUAGAGCAGGCAAUGUACGUAUUUAAAUAGAAAGCAUUGCUAAACUGACUUCUUUUAGGUACCCCAGGUUACUGAGGUUAAAAGUGCUACACAGUAUCACAAUCGGUGAAUUCAUGCUUUUAUCUGAUAUGUAGCUGAAUCUGUAUCUUUAUUGUAAUACAAAAAAAUGAGAUAGUUCUUUCUCGAGCUACAGGUUGUACUCAUGUUCUAUAUGCAGCAGUUUGUUUUCUUUACUUUUAUACUUCAGUUUAUUGACCAGGGUGAAGUUUUCGUGGGAGAUGUAGAGCAAUGGCCUUAUUCAGGGCUUUGCCUUUACGCAGCCGGUAGUUCUAAAAGCAACAUUUUUUUUCCUUGAUGGAAUAUUCUUUAGCCAUUUUAAGUAAAUGGAAUGAACUGUCA